GAGCCCAAGGUGCAGAAAGAGUAUGCUAUGCGCGAGGGGGCUGUGCCCCGCCGUAUUGAGGUUGAGCGUCGCAAGCGACAGUUUGCUGCCAAAACGAUCGCGGAACUUUUGAGCGAAGCUGACAUUGCCAACCACGAGCUGCUGCCUGCCGGCCCCUUUCGCGUGGAGGCACAACAUCUUGAUACUUACAAUGCCUUUCUUCCUCUCGAAUUCUUUGACGAUGACGACUUUGAUGAUCGCUUGCCUGAGGAAUGGGUGAGCCUUGGCGUCGACGAGCAAGGGCAAAUGCUUGGAGUUCCUGUGUAUUCGCUGAUGCGCAACGACGAGGGCGAGCGCUUGCUGCUUUCGGGGCGCUCGCAGGUGACAUGGAUGGAAGGCCGAGUGAUAAGCUACGACGCAAGCAAGCAGGUCUUCCACGUCCGCGAUGCCCAUGAUUCAGGCGCUACCACAUGGAAGCGGCCGCGUAUCCUCCUGCAGUUUCAUGCCGAGGAUCCCGAAGUCUUUUGCAACCGCAUCACAGCCGCCAUCACCUUGCGCCGUGCAACCGAGGCCAUGCUACAAUACAACUUGACCGUGGAUUGUAUGCCGGUGGAUGCCGGCAUCAGCGUGACGGACCUCGAUGCAGCCAUUGUGGACAACGUCUUGCGAAUGAUUGGCCCCCUUGCCAAGAAGCGGCCAGCUCAAACUCACGAACUUUUGCAAGACUUGCAACUGGCGUACAAUCGGUGCAACAACAACAUGCUCAUGCACAAUUUGCUGCGUCAGGAGCGCCACGACCUUUUGCUGCAAGGCGUCAAGACGCCAUCGGCCAAUAUGAUUCCCAAUGGCCACGUGCCCGCGCUGCCGUCAACGACUCGUGCUUUGCAAGAACUCGGCGACCGACUUGAUUUUCGAGUGGCGCGCGAGCAGAUUAUGAAGCUCACCUUUAUCCAAGAGCCGCGGGUGGUCCAGGCAUUGAUUCGCGUGCAUGCCGAGUGCGACAAGCUCAUGUUGCGACCGCUCUUCAAUACACACUUGCACAAGUGCGUGACCAUGGAUGAGUUUUCCACCAUCCAACGACAAACCUUUGAGCAAUUGCGCAACUACAUCAAGAAUGCUUGGGCACCCAGCUCGCGGCAUGAGGUCUUGCGUUCUAUUCAAGACCUGGGCAAAGGCUGGUAUAACCUGCAGGAGCGUGAUCAACAAGCCUAUGACAAUGGCAAGCUCCGCAAGUUCUUCUGCGGUAUCCGUCUUAUGAUGCAAGAUGCCCUUCGUUCCGUUGCCACUGACUCACUCCAGGAGCUGCUUCGUCUAGUUGAGAGCGCCAGCACGCGCGUCAUCGCACACGAUUCCUCUGCAUGGGGUGAUCAUCCCCUCGACAGCAAGCAUUUGGCCCCAGAUGGCAGUCCUAUCUUUGCCAUGGAGUUGAUUGUUGGUGAUGGCGGCGUGGUGACGUUCCGAGAGAGCCCAGCGCGUUUUGCUGCUGAUCUCGAUAACCUAUUUCUCGAAGGAUUGCAGGCCAUUGCCAAUGUGCCUGACAUGGAAGCUCAGAUCAUGAACCACCUGUUUUGGGUGGGCACGCCCCAGCUGGAUACGGUUCACAAGAACGAGCCUUGGAUCCUCAUGGCGCGCAAGACUCUGGAAAACUGCGUGCAAGAGUGUAUGAAGCCUUUGGUAGAUUACGCCGCCCAGUAUGAGCGAUUUCGCGAUCUCAUCGACUUGGACGUCAAAGCCUACGUGGCCAACUUCAAUGCCGAUGAAAAGGACCCAGCCGACAUCAAGAAGGAAUGUCAAAAGCACACAAUCGAGGCGCGCAAGCUAGCAGACUCCAUUCCCUUGAGCGUCGACAUUGGCAUGUUCCAUGUGCGCUGUGAUGGCAUUCGCACUCAGUUGAUGGGCAAGCGGCGUCAGUUGGCACAUUCGCUGCUUGAUGUGCUCCAGCAACGGUUGCUCGGCCAAGCGAGCAGUGCCAACAAAGAGUUUCAGAAGAUGGCCAAUGUGCUGUACACUCCGGUCAACGGCAUCGAAGACCUGACCGACAAGCGCGAGUUUAUGAAAUCCAUUCCCGACACUGUCAAAUCCUUAGAAGGCGGUGUGAAAAAGGCUUUGGCUGAUUGGGAGCUCAUGGAUGAGUUUCAGCUAAAUUUGAGCGACGGCGAUUUCGCGUUGCGCUGGCAGCUUUAUGCGUGGCCCAGGAAGAUGCAUGAGUUGCUCGAGUCAACCUACGACUCUUUGAAGGCUGACGAGGAGCGCUUUAUUGAGAACCUGCACACGGACACAAAAGACUUUGCCGACAACAUCAAUUCGCUGCAAAUGUUGGUGGCAAGCUUUGGGCAACACACAGAUAUUGGCCGAUGCGAGCACGUGGCUGUCGAGGCCCGCAAAAUUCACAAGGCUCUGAAGGAUGCUCAAGCCCAAGCGCAGGUGUACAACAACCGCGAGCGCCUCUCCAACCUGCAAGUCACCAACUACGACCACCUCAAUCGCUGUGCCAAAGAGUUUGAGCCCUUCAAGAACUUGUGGCUCACAACCGACGAGUGGCUCAAAUCGCACAAGAUCUGGAUGAAUGAUAGCUUUGCUGAUCUGGACCCCGAAGCCCUGGAGGUGCAGAUCACCAACGCUUCCAAGACCAUUCUCAAGUGCAGCAAGUCGUUCAAGGAGCUCCCGGGCUGCCUGGCAAUUGCGCAAACGGUCUCGGGCUGGAUUGAGGAGUUCAAGCCGUAUGUUCCGCUCAUCCAAGCAUUGCGCAACCCCGGUAUGCGCGAGCGACACUGGGAGCAGCUGUCUGAAGCGGUGGGCUUUGAUGUCAAGCCUGAUUCUAGCUUUACUUUCCAGCGCGUUUUGGAACUUCAGCUCGAACAACACAUGGACACCAUCACGCGUGUUGGUGAGAUUGCCGGCAAGGAAUACGGCAUCGAGCAGGCGCUGGAUAAAAUGGAGGCUGAAUGGCAACCUUUGGUCCUGGAAAUUAUCGACUACAAGGAGACGGGCACGUGCAUCAUGAAGAGUGCGGAGGAGGCCGCCCAGCUUCUUGAUGAUCACAUUGUUAUGACGCAAGCCAUGUCGUUCUCCCCCUUCAAGCAACCCUUCGAGCAGCGCAUCACCAGUUGGGACAACAAACUUCGGGUGACGCAGGACGUGUUGGAUGAGUGGGCCACCUGCCAACGAAGCUGGCUCUAUCUUGAGCCCAUUUUCUCCUCGGAGGAUAUUCAGCGCCAGCUGCCGACCGAGUCAAAGCGCUAUCAGAAAAUGGAUGCCAUGUGGCGCCGUACCAUGGAUGCCGCACGCCGCACGCCAGGCAUUGUGCGCUUUUGCGCUGACGCAAAGCUGCUUGAGACAUUCCGUGAGUGCAACAAGCUCUUGGAUCAGGUUCAAAAGGGCCUAAGCGCCUACUUGGAAACAAAGCGAGGCGUCUUUCCUCGCUUCUACUUUUUGUCCGAUGAUGAGUUGUUGGAGAUCCUGUCUCAGACCAAGGAUCCGACGGCCGUUCAGCCGCACAUGCGCAAGUGCUUUGAUAACAUUGCACGCCUCAAGUUUGAGGACGACUUGCAGAUGAGUGAGUUUGUAUCAGCUGACGGCGAAUCUGUGGUCUUUCGUGAGGAUCUUUAUCCCAAGGGCAACGUUGAGGAGUGGCUUUUGGAAGUGGAGCGCGUCAUGGCUGUGAGUUUGCGACAAAUCUUGCAAGAGGCAUUGGGCCAGUACUAUGCCGGGCCGCGUACCGACUUUGUGAUUGCUUGGCCGGGUCAGAUUGUGAUUGCGGGCUGCCAGACCACCUGGACGUCUGAGGUGGAAAAGGCGAUCCAAGCCGGCGCACAGGGUCUGCAGGACUACUCCGAACAGAUGCGCGCGCAGCUUUCUGAUCUGGUUGCCCUGGUGCGUGGCAAGUUGACCAAAAUUCAACGCAAGGUGCUCUCGGCGUUGAUCGUGAUUGAGGUCCAUGCCAAGGACGUGGUGGCCAACAUGUGCACACAGGGUGUGUCCCGUGUCAGCGACUUUGAAUGGAUCAGCCAGCUUCGCUACUACUGGGAACAGGACGAUCGGCCGCACGGCGAGGAUCUGCACAUCAAGGCGGUCAAUGCAGUCUUCAACUACGGUUACGAGUACUUGGGCAACUCGGGACGCCUCGUCAUUACGCCCUUGACGGAUCGUUGCUAUUUGACGCUCACAGGUGCACUGGCCCUAAUCUACGGUGGUGCGCCUGCGGGUCCGGCGGGUACUGGCAAGACAGAGACCACGAAAGAUUUGGCCAAGGCAAUGGCUAUUCAGUGUGUAGUAUUCAACUGCUCUGAUCAGCUUGACUACAUGGCCAUGGGCAAAUUUUUCAAGGGCUUGGCUUCAGCAGGUGCCUGGGCCUGUUUCGAUGAGUUCAACCGCAUCGACAUUGAGGUGUUGUCCGUCGUGGCACAACAGGUGGCAACCAUUCAGCAGGCGGUGCGAAAUCGCGAAACUCGUUUCAUGUUUGAAGGCGUGGAUCUCUCCCUCAAGUGGACUUGUGCGCCGUUUAUCACCAUGAACCCUGGUUACGCUGGUCGCACUGAAUUGCCUGAUAAUCUGGCAGCCUUGUUCCGACCCGUUGCCAUGAUGGUGCCAGACUAUGCUAUGAUUGCCGAGAUCAUGCUCUACUCGUUUGGUUUUGAUGAUGCCAAGGCCCUGUCAAAGAAGAUUACCACCGUGUUCAAGCUAAGCUCGGAGCAACUCUCAUCCCAGGAUCACUAUGACUUUGGCAUGCGAGCUGUGAAAACGGUCAUCUCGGCGGCUGGAAACCUCAAGCGCGCCUUCCUGACCAUGCAGGAGGACGUCAUUGUGCUUCGAGCCAUCCGAGAAGUCAACGUCCCUAAAUUUCUGGCUGACGACCUCGUGCUUUUCAACGGCAUUGUAUCUGAUCUGUUCCCGCGCACUCAAAUUCCGGAGGUGGACUACGGUGCCCUGGACGUGGCGAUCCGUGAGGCCUGCGCCACCCAUCACCUGCAACCCGUCGACAACUUUGUGACAAAGGUCAUUCAGCUGUACGAGACGACUGUCGUACGCCACGGGCUUAUGCUUGUCGGGCCCACCGGCUCGGGCAAGACGCGCUGCUAUGAGGUCCUUUCCACCGCCCUGACUGCCUUGCAGGGCCAGCCCACAAGCAGUGGCUCCGUAUAUCAGCCCGUGCACAAUUUUGUGCUCAAUCCCAAGUCCAUCACCAUGGGCCAGCUGUACGGUGCCUUCGAUGAAAUGACACACGAAUGGACUGACGGCAUCCUCAGCACCCUCAUUCGUCGGGGUGUUGCAGCCAACACCGAGGAUGAAAAAUGGUUCCUCUUUGAUGGCCCUGUGGACGCCAUCUGGAUUGAGAACAUGAACACUGUGCUCGAUGACAACAAGAAGCUUUGCCUGGCGUCGGGUGAGAUUAUCGCUCUGACCCCGGAAAUGCGAAUGAUUUUCGAAGUUGAGGACCUGGUGGUGGCCUCGCCUGCCACCGUGUCACGCUGCGGCAUGGUCUACUUGGAGCCCUCUAUUCUGGGACUCGAGCCGUUUGUGACCUCUUGGCUUGAAUCAAGCCUUCCGCAACUCAUCCAGCCCCAUGCCACCACGCUGCAAAUGCUCUUUGACACAUACAUGGAGGACGCCAUUCAUUUCGUUCGGCGCUCCACUCGUGAGAUUGUGCAGACGGUCGACAGUCAGCUGGCUACCGGUCUCAUGAAGCUGCUAGAUUGUCUAUUCGCCCCGUAUGUUGAGCGAGAUGGUUACCGCAUCCCAGCUCGCCGCUUGACCGCGCUGCCAGACAUGAUUGAGGGCUGGUUUUUCAUCGCACUCGUGUGGUCCGUCGGUGCAACCUGUGACGAUGAAGGCCGUACCAAGUUUGAUGGCUGGCUGCGUCAAAAGAUGGCGGAGCACAAGGUGAAAAUGCCGUUUCCCGAAGGUCUCACCGUCUUUGAGUAUCAACUGAUUGACGAUGGUAGCUUUGACGAAGCCAGCGAAGAGGAGGAAUCCGAAUCACCGGUACCUAUUGGUUGGAAGCGUUGGGUCGACUCGCUGGGUGACUUUAUUGUGAACCCGAGCAGCCAGUUCAACACCAUCUUUGUGCCUACCCUGGAUACGGUUCGCUACUCGUGGGUGGUGGAAAAGCUCGUCAGCAACAGCAAGCCGGUUCUUGGCGUGGGACCCACCGGCACGGCCAAGACGCUGACCAUGGCCAAUAAACUGCUGCGGGAGAUGCCCCAGCAGUUUGUCACCCACAGCAUCUCCUUCUCUGCCCGGACCUCGGCAAAUCAGACACAAGAUAUGAUUGAUGCCAAGCUUGACAAGCGCCGCAAGGGUAUUUUUGGACCGCCGUUGGGCAAGAAGUUUGUUUUCAUGGUCGAUGAUCUGAACAUGCCAGCCAAAGAGGAGUAUGGGGCCCAGCCUCCUAUCGAACUUCUGCGACAGUGGAUGGAUCACGGAGGUUGGUACGACCGAAAGAACGUUGGCGCGUUCAAGAAGCUCAUCGACGUGACCUUUGCUUGUGCAAUGGGCCCACCGGGUGGUGGUCGCAACCCCAUCACCCAGCGCCUGACUCGCCACUUCAACUUUGUUGCCUUCACCGAGCUCAGCGAUACCAGCAAAGCCACCAUCUUCUCGCCCAUUCUUGGGGCGUAUUUGCGCCAAAAGGAAGACUUGGCCAGCUUAAGCACCACCUUUGUGCAAGCGACAAUCGAGGUCUACAACACGAUCACGCGUGAGUUGCUCCCUACUCCAGCCAAGGUCCACUACACGUUCAACCUGCGUGACCUCUCCAAAGUGUUUCAAGGCAUGCUCAUGUGCGACAUUGGCUCUUUGCGGGAGCGCGAUGAUGUCAUUCGCUUGUGGACCCACGAGUGUCGCCGCGUUUUCCGCGACCGCCUCAUCAACGAUGAGGAUCGUGCGUGGUUCAAUGACUUGUUGUCACGCUGCGUGGAUGCGCGCUUCCAAACCAAUUUGGCAGACUGCAUUCCGUCAGAGCCUCUGCUUUUUGGUGACUUUCUUGACACGAGCGGUGGCGAGGCGAAGAAAUAUAGCCGGCUGGAGGAUCCGCAGAAGAUCAAGGCUGUGUUAGAGGAAGCCCUUGAUGACUACAACACGAUUAAUGCAACAGCCAAGAUGAACUUGGUACUGUUUCAGGAUGCCAUUGGGCACGCCUGUCGUAUUGCGCGGAUUAUCCGCCAGCCUCUGGGGAAUGCGCUUUGUCUUGGCGUGGGAGGCUCUGGCCGCCAGAGCAUGACGCGUCUGGCUGCCUCAAUGGCCGAGUUUGAGUGCUUCCAGAUCGAACUCUCAAAGAACUACGGAGUGGCUGAGUGGCGCGAGGAUCUGAAGACGGUGUUGAAGAAGGCCGGGCUAGAGAAUCAGCAGGUCGUCUUCCUUUUCUCUGAUACUCAGAUCAAGGCCGAGUCGUUCCUGGAAGACAUCAACAACAUUCUCAACAGCGGCGACGUUCCAGGCAUUUAUGAUUCUGCUGAGCGCGACGAGAUCAUGGUGGCCAUGAAGGCUGACGUGCAGGCCGCAGGUCUGCCGCCAACCAAGUCCAAUCUGUUCUCAGCCUACUGCAACCGCGUGCGCCAAAACAUCCACUGUGUGAUUUGCAUGUCGCCCAUUGGCGAGAUCUUCCGUGCCCGGCUUCGUCAGUUUCCUGCCCUCGUCAACUGUUGCACCAUUGACUGGUUUAGCAGCUGGCCGGACGAGGCCCUCGAGUCCGUUGCCCUGACAUUCAUGAAUGACCUCCCGGAACUGAAUGACAACGCCGAGCUUGUUCGAGGUCUGGUGACUUGCUGCGUCCAACUACAGCAGUCGGUAAUUGGUGCUUCGGACGAUUUCCUGGCGCGCCUGGGCCGCAAGAACUACGUCACACCCACCUCCUACCUCACACUGCUUACCAUUUUCCGCAAGCUGCUGGGUCGGAAGAAGUCUGACUUGAAUCAACAACGCGCGCGUAUGGCCACCGGUCUGGAAAAGCUUUUAUCUGCCGCGCAAGAAGUAGCUGACCUCCAAGCCGAACUCACUGAGAUGCAGCCCAUGCUCAAGGAGGCGCAGCGGGAGACCGAGGCGACCAUGGUGCAAAUUGCCGCAGACAAGGAGGUUGCCCAGGUUACUGCUGAACAGGUUGGCAAGGAGGAGGCUGAGGCCAACGUCAAGGCUCAAACGACCCAAGAAAUUGCCGACGAUGCCCAGCGCGAUUUGGACGAGGCGCUGCCAGCACUCGAUGCUGCCGUUACCAGUCUCAAGUCACUGAACAAGGGUGAUGUGACCGAGGUGAAAGCCAUGUCCAACCCACCGGCAGGCGUUCGGCUGGUCAUGGAGACCGUAUGCAUCAUGCAGGGCGUCAAGCCCAAGAAGGUGGCAGGGGACAAGCCAGGGCAGAAAGUGGACGACUACUGGUCCGUGUCUGGCCCCCUCCUCAAGGACCCGCAAAAGUUUUUGGACAGCCUGUUCAACUUUGAUAAGGACAACAUCCCGGAAAAGGUGAUUCAAAAGAUUGAGCCCUACAUUGAAAAUGAGAAUUUCACGCCGGCGGCCAUUGAAAAGGUCUCCAAAGCCUGUACCUCCAUUUGCAAGUGGGUGCGAGCCAUGCACAAGUAUCACCACGUGGCCAAGAAUGUCGAGCCAAAGCGUCAACGUCUCGCUGAGGCCAAGGCUGACCUCGAGAUUACGAUGCAGCAGCUCAACGAUGCCAAAGCACGGCUCAAGGAGGUCAACGAUCGCAUUGCCGACAUGGAAGCAAAGUUUGCAGCCAUGGUCGCCAAGAAGAAACAGCUCGAGGACAAGGCCGAAGAGUGCGGCCUUAAGCUCCAGCGCGCUGAGAAGCUCAUUUUCCUGCUGGGCGAUGAGAAAGUGCGCUGGAAGGAGUCGGUCGAGCGCUUUGACCAGCUCAUCCACAAUGUUGUUGGUGACAUUGUGAUUUCGGCGGGUACCGUCGCGUACCUGGGUCCCUUUACCGAGGAGUUCCGUGCGCGUAUGUGCGCCGACUGGCACGGCAUGCUUGCGGCAGCCAACGUGCCGUGCACGCCGCAGGCCUCACUUGUAUCGACGCUGAGCGAUCCCCUUGAGAUUCGUGAUUGGCAGCUGUAUGGCCUUCCCAAGGAUUCCAUGUCCGUUGCCAACGCGUGCGUUGUCAAGUAUGCCGAGCGCUGGCCACUCUUCAUUGAUCCGCAGGGCCAAGCGAACAAGUGGAUUCGCGAGAUGGAGGCCGACAAGUUGGUGGUGAUGAAGCUGACAGACCGUGACCUGCUUCGCAGUCUCGAAAAUGCGGUCCGCUUUGGAAGUCCAUGCCUGCUUGAGAACGUGGGGGAGGAGCUUGACCCUGCCCUUGAGCCCAUCCUGCUUCGGCAAACGUACAAACAAGCCGGCGGACUGGUCAUCAAGCUGGGUGAUUCUGUCGUCCCUUAUCACGAUGAAUUCAAGUUUUACAUCACCACAAAGCUUCCUAAUCCGACCUAUACGCCCGAGGUGUCCACCAAGGUGACGCUGGUGAAUUUCACGCUCUCGCCAUCGGGCCUGGAGGAUCAAAUGUUGGGGCUCGUCGUUGCUGAGGAGCGUCCUGACUUGGAGGAGGCCAAAACGGCUCUCAUCUUUCAGAACGCCAAGAUGAAGCAGGAGCUGGCUGACAUUGAGGGUCGCAUCCUAACGAUGCUCAGCGAGUCUACGGGCUCGCCAGUCGAUGACGAGGAGCUGAUCAACACGCUGGAUGCCUCCAAAGCCAAGUCUCAAGAGAUUUCGGCCAAGGUCAAAGUGGCCGAGGAGACGGAGAAAGACAUUGACGAGACACGAAGCAAAUACGUGCCAGUGGCCCGUCGCACGCAACUCCUCUUCUUCUGCACCACGGACCUGGCGCAUAUCGACCCCAUGUACCAGUACUCGCUGGGCUGGUUCCGUGAGCUCUUUCUGGCCGGCAUUCGCAAGUCCUCGCCCGCUGAUAGCCUUGAGGAACGCAUCCACAAUAUCAACGAGUUCUUCACGUUCAGUUUGUACACCAGCGUCUGCCGCUCCCUCUUUGAGCGGCACAAGCUUCUCUUCUCUUUCUUGCUGUGCGCGCGCAUCCUCAUCGAGCAGGGCAAGAUUGAUGGCGAUGAGUGGCGCUUCCUGGUGGCCGGCAGCUCAGCCAUCCCCGACGAAGCCCCCAACCCAGCCGCAACCUGGCUGAACGAUCGGGCCUGGCAGGAGCUGCGGCUUCUUUCGACUCUGCCAGCCUUUGAGGGCUUUGCAGAGUCCUUUGGGGAACACGCUGCGGCCUUUCGCGUCAUCUUCGAUAGCGCCGAGCCACACAAGGAGGACUUUCCCGAGCCUUGGGCAACGCGUCUGGACGCCUUCCAAAAGAUCUUGGUCAUGCGCUGCCUGCGCUUUGAUAAGCUUGCGCCCAUGAUGCAGGACUAUGUUGCCAAUCACUUGGGUCAGCGCUUCAUCGAACCGCAAACGACCAACUUGUCGAUGGUGUUCCCAGACUCGUCCAAUAACACGCCUCUGGUCUUUGUGCUAUCCCCCGGGACGGACCCAGCGGCCGACUUGUACAAAUUUGCUGAGGAAAUGAAAUUCAACAAGAAGCUGGCGUCAAUCUCCUUGGGUCAAGGCCAAGGCCCUCGUGCCGAGGCCAUGUUCCAUGCUGCCUGCGAGCGCGGUACCUGGGUGUUCUUCCAGAAUUGCCACUUGGCACCCUCGUGGAUGCCGACCCUUGAGCGGUUGAUCGAGAAUAUCGAUCGCGACAAGGUGCACAAGGACUUUCGCCUGUGGCUGACCUCGAUUCCUAGCCCCAAAUUUCCGGUCGCUGUGUUGCAAAACAGUAGCAAGAUGACCGUUGAGCCACCACGCGGCAUCAAGGCCAACCUCCUGGAGGCCUUUGAUGGCUUCAAUGAUGAUUACCUGCAGCGUUGCAGCAAGGAGCGCGAGUUCAAAAUGCUACUCUUCUCGCUCUGCCUGUUCCACGGUGUGAUUCUGGAGCGUCGCAAGUUUGGCUCGCUCGGCUUCAACAUUCGCUACCCAUACACGAAGAGUGACUUGGCCAUUUGCAUGACGCAGUUGUGCAUGUUCCUGGACGACUAUGAUGCGCCGCCCUACAAAGUGCUGACAUAUACGGCCGGCCAAAUCAAUUACGGUGGUCGCGUGACGGAUGACUGGGAUCGUCGUUGCCAGAUGACCAUUCUUGAAGACUUUUACAACCCGAACGUGCUGAAGGAUGAUCAUGCGUUCUCGCCAUCCGGUGUGUACCAACAAGCAGCCCCCACUGACUACGAGGGUUACUUGGCACACAUUCGACAACUGCCCAUCAACGACACCCCUGAGAUUUUUGGCCUGCAUGAGAAUGCCAACAUUGCCUUUGCCAAUCAGGAAACCAGCAGUCUUCUUGGAGCCCUGUUGGCUACCGGCGGUGGUGGCGGUGGGGCUUCAGGCGGUACUUCGAACCGUGACAAAGUCAUUGAAGAGGUCGCGUCGGAUAUCCUGCAGCGUUGCCCAAAGCCAUUCGAUCUCGAGCGAGUCCAGGAAUUGCAUCCAGUGCGCUAUGAGGAAUCCAUGAACACAGUCCUAAUUCAGGAGGCCAUCCGCUUCAACAAGCUGCUUGAAGCCAUGCACGGCUCACUGGGAGACGUGCUCAAGGCUCUCAAGGGUUUGGUGGUCAUGAGUGAAGAGCUGGAGCGAAUGGCAAAUAGCCUCUUUGUCAAUAAGGUGCCGGACAUGUGGUCGGCCAAGGCUUAUCCGUCGCUCAAGCCUUUGGCAGCCUGGGUGGUGGACCUGUUGGCGCGCGUGGAGUUUAUUCAAACGUGGAUUGAAGAGGGCAUGCCGGCCACGUUCUGGAUCUCGGGCUUUUAUUUCCCACAAGCCUUCUUAACAGGCACGCUACAAAACUUUGCCCGCAAGCACGUCGUCUCCAUUGAUACGCUCAGCUUUGACUUUCAGGUCUUGAAGCGCACUCAUGAUGACAUUAAGGCUCGGCCUGAGGACGGCUGCUAUAUCUACGGCCUGUUUUUGGAGGGCGCGCGCUAUGACCCGGAGCAAGCAGCCUUGGCUGAAUCUCGACCCAAGGAGCUCUACACGAGCAUGCCACCGCUUUGGUUGCGGCCCGUGAGCGAUCGUCCCGUGCCGCAGGAAGGCGUGUAUGUCUGCCCGUGCUACAAGACGCUGCAGCGAGCGGGUACUUUGUCGACAACGGGGCAUAGCACGAAUUUUGUGUUACCUAUCGAGGUGCCUUCCAAGCUACCUCAAGCCCACUGGAUCAAACGCGCCGUUGCACUCAUUUGUGCCUUGGACUACUAG